UUUUCUUCAACCAAAUCACUCUCCGACGAAAACCGAAAGCCCUCGCCGUCGUCUCUCCGAUUUCCGAUCAAUGGCCUACGAAUACCGGAAAACCUCAUCCUACGGCGCGCAGAUCCCUCCUUAUCGCCCCGCCGCUUCAGCGCAGCCGAUGUACGGACCGCCGCAGCCGUCGUCGGCUUUAUACCCCAGGGUCAACCAACACGGCCAGGCGCCGGUCGAUCCCCCGUAUCACGGCGGCGGAGGUCACCGUCACGUUCCUCACCACCAGACCGCCACCGCUUCGACUCCUUCUACCUCGGGAUUGGGCAUUCGUGUUGCGAUAAAGCCAGAGUACCGGAUCACUCCUCCGCCUCAAUUGUCUACGCAAGUUGGAGAGAUUCCCCGAAGCAAUUUCCAGUUCAACUUUGAUUUUGAGAGGAAAGUGUUGACUGAAGCAGAGAAGGAGACUCCAAAUUGGGGCAAGCUGGGGCUGGAAAACCUCCCACCGCCUAAGGCUGCCGAGGCACGGCCUUCUUCUUCGUCCUCCUCCUCGGGUUCUGUUGGUAUCCCGGUUGCGAGGAAGCAGCAUGUCUCUUCAGCGCUCAGCCAAGAAGUAGUACCUCGUGCAGUUGCAACUUAUGGAGACAAUCCUGAGAAGGUUCGGGAAUUUGUCAAUGGGUUCAACGCUUUACAUGAGAUGGGGUUUCCUACAGACAACGUUGCCGAUGCCCUUCUAAUGUAUGAUAAUGACAAGGAGAAGGCACUCGCCUAUCUAAUCAACAGUUCGUCGUGAGGUGUUGUUGUGCUGGAUUUCUGUACUGUUUUAGUUGUGUUAUUGUUGUCCACUCUGAUUGUAAAGAAUUGCUCUUGGGCUUCAGAUAUGUUAGUCGCCAUAAGUCUGUCUAAAUUCUAGGUUUGCCAGGCUUUGGUGCACGCUUCUGUGAUGUAUAUUUUGAGUUACAUACCGAUAAUUGGAUGGUGCUACAA